GAAGCACAAAGUCACAGCGAUUGUUCAAUUUCCUCUCAAAUCAAAAGCACUCUAUAUAUACAUCUGUCUAUCUUCUCUCAAAAGAAGGGAAAAGAACACAGAAAAAGAAAAGAAAGGACUCAGAAUAUGGCAGCGGCAACGAAAGUGGUGGUUUCUCGUCCGGUCACCUUCGUCACUGGAAACGCUAAGAAGCUGGAAGAGGUCCGCGCCAUCAUCGGACAGUCUAUUCCUCUGCGAUCUAAGAAAAUUGAUCUCCCUGAACUGCAAGGCGAACCAGAAGCGAUUUGCAAAGAAAAAGCUCGUUUGGCUGCUAAAGAGGUGAAAGGGCCUGUAUUGGUGGAAGACACGUGUCUCUGCUACAAUGCUCUAAAGGGACUUCCAGGGCCUUACAUCAAGUGGUUUCUGGAGAAGACUGGUCUUAAAGGUCUGAACAACUUGUUGGAUGCAUAUGAUGAUAAAUCUGCUUAUGCGUUGUGUGUGUUUUCAUUUGCACUCGGGCCUGAUUCUGAACCAAUCACCUUUGAGGGGAAAACUAUGGGUAAGAUUGUUCCUGCAAGGGGUCCAACAGAUUUUGGAUGGGAUCCGGUCUUUCAGCCUGAUGGCUAUGAACUAACAUUUGCUGAGAUGCCAAAGGAGGAAAAGAACAAGAUUUCUCACCGCUUUAGGGCUCUUGCAUUGGUGAAAGAUCAUUUUGCUGAAGCUGGAUAUGUCUUUGAGACUGAUGAACCUAAUGGGAAUGAACAAAAUGCAUCUGAUAAGUCCAAGGAAGAUGCAGCUGACAAGAAUGAGAAUGACAACUCUACACCUGUCAAAAGGAAAAUGGAAGAUGGUGGGGAGGCUGAAGAGGAUGCAGCAAGGAAGAAGAAGCUCAAGGGUGAUGAUAAGUAGAUGUUUUAAGAAUAGAAACUACUGAUAGUAUUGGCAAAAAUGUGUACUUUUUACUUGAGAAAGAAGACACUGUGUGUCUAUGUAGUCAGUUUUUGGGAUUCACUCUUUCUUAUGAUUGAGAACGGAUAGUAGAAUUAUUAUUAUAUGUAGUCGAUAUGAACCUUUGGAAUUAAGUAAUUAGCUGACGUUUUCUUGUUUGUU